AUGGAGGUCUGCACGGCGCCCGAUGUGCAAGACUCUGUGGAAGCCCCAGCCGCCGGGCCGCGCAUCUCUGUGCUGCUCUUGGCCAAGGACGCGGCCGUGAAGGUGCUGCUAGACCACGCCGACCUGCUGCUGCAGCCGCAGCCCACGGAUGCCCUGCGAGUGUGCCUCCCGGGUCACACCCUCAUCCUGAUCCCCGAGGCCCUUGUGAUCGGGGCAGAGCACCAGGCCGGGGGAAGCCAAGGCCACUUGCCCGAUGGCCUGGAACCCCAAUUUUCCCUGGGCCCGAACGGGGAGGUCUUGAGCAUCCAGCUGGGAACCUUUCGCGCUGAUUUCCCAGAGGAGCCCACCAUGGCCCCGCCACACCCCUUCUUCCAUCAGCAGCCUCUGGCCCCUCUGCCUGGGAUGGAGCCGGCAGUGGACUCUGUGGUUGAGUAUCCUGAGGCAGCCGAGGGGCCUAGCAUCAACCCUACUGGUGCCAUCCAGCAGCUCGGGCUUCGGGCUCCCACGCCGAGUCCACCCAGAAGAUCUCGAGGCCCCUGCUUCAGCCUGCGCUUACACAUGCUCCAGGCCCGCAGCGACUCAGAGCUGCAGCCCCUACCUGCCUCUCCCAGUCCAGAGGUCCAGAAGCCCCGCAAGAGUUUUCCCGGCCGUCCUCCUUGCAAGGCUCGCAAGCGCCUCUUCCAAGACUGA